AUGCAUAUCCGACCCAAGAACAUCCUUAUUAGCCUGGUGCUGGUGAUUCCAGUCUUCUUUCUCUGGGCUAAUAUCAGAUAUGAUCGGAUUGCUCUCUUUAACCUUGCCCGUUCUUUUGAUCAGCUCUCUCGGUCAAGCCUGAAUGUAACCCCCCUGACGCGUUUUCGGCCCCAGUUCCCAUCUGUCGAGGCUGUCGAUGGACUGUGCAAAAGGGGCUUGAUGCUUCCACCCCCCUUGUCAUACUCAGAAUGGCUUCAUCGGAAGAAUUUUACUCGGGCCUACAUCCGGCCCAACAUAGUCAGCUCAGACGCGAAAUUCGCCUCUAUGGAAACCAUCAGACAACCCGUUCUCCCAGAUUUCAUGGCCCUGGACCGUGGACUGACGGCACCUCCUGAGGAUGACGGAGAGGGCGCGUUGACAUGUCCUCCAGUCAUCGAUGUGGAUGUGGCAGCAGACAGUGAGGCUGACGAUACCGCCACCAUUCUCUUUGGCCUUGCAACAGACGUAGACAGGUUGAGGCGUCUCCUCCCGUCACUCCUUUUCUCAUACGGUUCAUCGAAGGCGAACCUGCUAGUUCUUGUCCCUGAGGGAACGAAAGAUAUCGAUAUCCAUGAGACGUACUUCCGAAACCGUGGGCUAAACCUGACCCUCAAGACUUCGCCGCUUGAGUUCACGGCUCGUUAUUUCGGCCUGGUUGAAGCAUUCACUGAACAUAUCGAAAAUACUCUUCCCGAUGUAAAGUGGGUUAGCUUUGUGGACGACGACACCUUCUUCCCGUCUCUAGCUACGAUCGGCAAGCGCCUUGCAACAAUUGAUGCCACCAAGAGACACUAUAUCGGAUCUCUCUCCGAGGCUGAUAUUCAAGUUCAAGAGUUUGGUCCUAUUGCCUUCGGUGGGGCUGGGGUAUUUGUGUCAAAGCCACUUCUAGAGACCAUGCAUAUGAUGUACCAGAAAUGCCAGAACCUUGGUACUCAACCUGGAGACCAGAAAGUGGCACAUUGCAUCAAGAAGUUUGGAAAUACAGACUUGACACUCUGGGAUUCGCUAUACCAAAUGGAUAUACGUGGUGAGCCUGAUGGGCUGUUUGAAUCAGGGCGCCGAUUUGACUCUCUCCAUCACUGGCAGAGCUGGUACACCAAGGACGUUGUAAGGAUGAGCACAAUCGCGGCUGUUGCAGGACGUAGUUCUGUCCUACGACGAUGGCGUUUCGACGAACGGAUCACAGGCAAAGGACAACGAACCUUUUGGGUGCUAACGAAUGGCUACUCAAUGAUCAAAUACACGAUUGACGCCUCUGCAAAUGCCGAAUCUGUCGGCUUCGACAAAGUUGAAAAGACCUGGGAAGGAGAUGAUAGAGUGUUUGAAAAGCGACUUGGGCCCAUGAGACCAAAGGACCAGCCCGGAGUAAAAAAGGAACGAUGGAUGCUUGCGGAAGCUACCGUCAUUGGGAACAAUGUACAUCAACUGUACUCUAGGGAGCUUGAUGAGACACACAGUGUGAUCGAGCUCAUUUGGCUAGGAACACCUAGUGCCUCGGGGACACCCGAGUAG